AUGUCUCAAACUUGCCACCAAAUAUACAGCUCAUAUGAACACUGGGCAUGUGGGCUGAUGGGAAGGCACAUUUGUCCAGGUCGUUGGUUUGUAGAGAACGGUCUGUGGACUGCAAUGGCUGCUAUACUCGUUGUCUUGCGCAUCGAUCAUGCCAGGGACUCAAAUGGAGACAAGAUUGAGGUGAAACCAGAAGUCACAACCGGCAUGGUGAUCAUUCCUUGGGGUGUUCUCGUGGCGCAGCAUGAGCUGAGCACUGAGUGGAAGAGAAUUAUUUUUAUUGAGAUCUGGCCACGAUACCUGAGCAUAGAGGGCAAAAUACUUGGGUAUAGGGCGUCUUAUCAACCAAUCAACUACAAGAAGGGAAAAGGGUAUCGGAGAUUAAGCAGGGUCUCAGGGUACUGCUUCUAUUCAGGGUGGAUGGAUAUGAAGAAGAGUUCUUAUGUAAGGGAUUCGGUGAAUGACAGAGGGCAGUUUUUCUUUCUUCGGGAGACCUUUGGAUCUCGCUAUGGCUCAGAUCUUGGCAUGUUAGUCUGGAACAUUGAGGAGGUUGAUGUGGGCAAACACAUUGGUCCGAACAAAGUUGAUCAUAAUAUUGCUGCGAGAUGCAAUUAUUUCAAAACACGCGAAAAUUAG